GGCGCGGCGCUCGGGGAGCUGCUGUCCGGCGGCGCAGCGGACGAGUGGCUUCGGGAGAUGGACCUUUUCGGGCGCGUCCUCCAGCGCGCCUCCUGCCUGCGGCGAUGCAAGCGCGGCCUGCCCGCCUUCCAGCUCCGCUACCCGCCGGCCGAGACCCUGCGGGACUUCCAGCGGCGCACCCCUUACCUCUACCUGCACUACGCGCUCUACAAGGCAAAUAAGAUCGAGAAGGCCGUGUCCGCAGCUCACACUUUCCUGCAGAAGAACCCCAAGCACGAGGUGACACAGAGGUACCUGAAUUACUACAAAACCAUGGUGGAUGUGGAUGAGUACCUCGUAGACCUGGAAGCACAACCGUAUGAGACCGUUUUCGUGCGAGCUGUGAAGCUGUAUAACAGUGGGGAUUUCAGGAGCAGCAUUGCUGACAUGGAGCACGCAUUAGCCGAGUACUACAAGGUUUACGAGAACUGUUUGGCUGGGUGUGAAGGCAGCUAUGAGCUCCGUGACUUUAAGGAUUUCUAUCCAGCCAUUGCAGAUCACUUUGUCGAAGUCCUGCAGUGCAAAGUGGGUUGUGAGGCUGACCUGACCCCAAACGUAGGUGGCUACUUUGUGGAGAAGUUUGUAGCCACAAUGUAUCACUACCUUCAGUUUGCCUAUUACAAGUUGAACGACAUCAAGAACGCAGUUCAGAGUGUGGCCAGCUACAUGCUCUUUGACCCUGGAGAUGAGGUCAUGCAGCAGAACCUGGUCUAUUACCGCUUCUACCGUGAACGCUGGCACCUGGAAGAGGAAGACUUCAACCCACGGCCGGUGA